CGGACCGAGCAGGCCAGUCGCGUAGAGGAGUAGAGCAGGUCGCGGUGCCCCCCGGCCGCCCCCCGGCACACCUCACCAUGGCGACGACGCACCGGCACGCCUCGGUGGCCGCCCUGGAGGCGCUGGCGGCGUUCGCCCGGAGUGCGCAGCCCGCGCGCCUCAUCGCCGUCCUCCCGCGGCCCGUCGUCGAGGUGCUGUCCGCGGCCGCGGACGUCGUGCUCGUCGCGUUACUCGCCGUGUACUACGUGCUCGAGGCGGCAGUGUUCGAGCUGCUGCCGCGCCGCUUCACCUCCAAGAGCGUCGACGGCCAGGUGGUCCUGGUGACUGGCGCGGCCGGCGGCCUGGGCAGGCACUUGGCCGCGCGCUUCGCUCGCCUCGGCGCCACCGUGGUCGUGUGGGACAUCAACCAAGAGGGCGUGACGGAGACGGUGCGCCGGGUUGUGUCCGCGGGCGGACUCGCCUUCGGCUACAGCGUCGACCUGGCGGACAAGCAGGCCGUCUACCGCACCGCAGCGCUGGUCAAGAGGGAGGUGGGCGCGGUGGACAUCCUGGUGAACAACGCCGGGGUGGCGUUCGGAAGGACGCUCAUGCAGCUCACGGACCAGCAGAUCGAGACCACGUACAACGUCAACAUCCUGUCGCACUACUGGACCACCAAGGCCUUCCUGCCCGAGAUGAUGCGCUCCAACCGCGGUCACGUGGUCACCGUCUCCAGCGUCACGGGGCUCAUGGGCUGCUACCGCUGCACCGACUACUCGGCCUCCAAGUUCGCCACCGUCGGCUUCCACGAGAGCCUCUUCACGGAGCUCAAGGUGCUGGGCUACGACGGCGUGCACACCACCCUGGUCUGCCCGUACUUCAUCGACACUGGGAUGUUCGCCGGAGUGAAACCGAGGCUGCUGCCCAUGCUGGAGCCGGGCCAGGCCGCCGAUGACAUCGUGGACGCCGUGCUAACCAACCAGGUCACCGUCACCCUGCCCGGCAGCGUGCGCUACCUGCUGCCGCUCAAGAGCCUCUUCCCCAGCAAGCUGAGCUGGGCCCUCAUGUACCGGCUGAUGCAGGGGCCGCAGGCCAUGAUGGGGAUGAAGCCCAAGGGCUGAGGAUGAGGGAGCACACUCGCUGAGCGACGCCGUCCUUCCCGGCCCAGCCCGCCCACCGAGCGGAACACCCCCCCAGGCGCCGAGCCCCGCUCAUCGCAACACCUCCGCCAAGGUGGCCCCCCGCCCCGCCCCGCCCCGCCCCGCCCGGCGGAGCCCGGUCGGUCACUGACUGCCCGCUGCUCAUCGCAGAGGUGACGAGCGGCGGUCCCGGUGACAGCCUGCGCGGCCAGGAAGCCGACGACGACGCCGACGCCACCCGCUCGCCGAUCGCCAAAGAGGACGACGCCAGCGGUGCACCAGCACCGGGGAAGAGAGGGGCUCAUCGUGGACGAAAUAGGCUGACAAGUUUGGAAGAGGGGCUUACAGACAGGCUUAUAGCCGCAGCAAAAGCACGGGCGAGCGGCGCCUGUGCUCCCUACCGGCCGCCCUGCCUGCCGACUGCACCGGAGGGGAGGGCAGCCGUCGCUGUGCUAUUCCUGCGCCA